GAUAAAUUAGUAGUAUUUUUGAUGGAACCUGCUUGCUAUACUUAUUAACUAUGGCUAUUUUCCUCAUAGAAAAAUUGUUAUGUCAGUGAUCUAUUGACAAAAGAAAAGAAGUAAAAAUAAGCAGCCUAUGAACUUUUAAGCAUGUACAAAAUAUCACUGAAGUACUUUUAAACGUGUGACUGAACAUUGAUAAAUAAAGCAGUAACCAUGCCGCUUGUAUUAUCUCAAGCGGAGUUCGACAAGCUGGUCUCAUGGGUGGACGGUAGUCGAGAGAACAAGGAUGCGGCGCGCCAGAGCGAGUACGUCAAACAUCUGAACGAUCAGAGCUCCUGGAUGACCCGCAAGUGGCCCAAUUCAUUCGAGAAUGUGAACAAACGCAACGAGGAGUUGCGGCGUGCCCGCGUGGAAGCAGCCGAGCAGGCCAACAGCAAGUUCUACAAGAAGUACAUGCGGCAGAAACGCGACGAGCAAGCGAGACUCAUGUACAGCGCGCGCGACACCAUAUUCAAGAAUAAGGACGCGCCGAAGAUGUUUCUCCGCGCAGUAAUAGAGACAUGCGUACAGAAAGAGCGAGAAGAACAGCUCAAGUUCAAAGCCGAGCGGAAGCGAGAAGAAAAAGAACAGAAGAGAAAAGACGACGAAGAGAUUCACCGCCGCGCGGCGGAGUGGCACGCUCUGAUGGCUACGAGACGCCAGCGCCGUUUUGAAGCUGAUAAACAACACCAGAAGGAGAUUCUCGAACAGGCGCACGAAGUGGCCGAGAGACAGCGCACCGAGCACGAGACUGAGCUGAAUUACCAGAUCAUAGACAACAUAAAGGCCGACGAGCAGAUGGACGCGCUUCGCGAGUUUCAGCACAAUUUCAACAUAGCCGAGAAAGCACGCAUCCUCGCAGACAUGAAGCAGUCGAAGGCCGAGCUUGACGCGCGGCGCGCCGAGGAACAAGCUCGGGACCAGCUGGACGACAAGCUCAUCGCCGUGCUCCAGCGGUCCCGGGCCAGGACACAGGCUAUGAGGAAGAAAACUGAAAAAGACACUCGUGACGAACAACUCCGCGUGUUGGAGAUGAACAGCAAGCGUCUGGCGAGCGGCGAGAGCGCGCGUGCAGAGAAGGAACAAGCCAAUCUGGAGGCCGCCAUCCGGGAGAAGGAAGCCGUCGCCGAGGCGAGACGACGCAAAGACAAGGAGAAGGAGGCGCGCUUCAGACGAGAGAAACAAGAAGUGCAGGACAAGUUCCUCGCGGACGAGGCGCGGCGGCUGCACGAGCUGGACACGCAGCGGCAGUGGGAGAUGAUGAACCGGUUCAAGAACCAAGAGUUGUACGAUGAUUAUAAGGAAAAACUACGCCAAGAGAAGGCGCGCAAGAUAAAAGAGUUCAGAGAGGACACCCUCAGGCUUUGGAAAGAGCGAGACGAGCGCGACGCUCGAGAACUGGCGGAGACGCGCUACUUCUACGGAGAGCUGGCCGAGCGGAAACUGCGCGACGCAGACAACAGGCUAUUCGCUCAUGCGCAGGAGUUGCUGGCCGAGGCGCGCCGCAACAAACGACCGGACUACGCGCUGCGUAAGGCUCUCGAUCGCUACUGUGUGCUGAACCGCCUGUACCCGAUGCCGGAGCUGUCGAAAACUGUGCAGUCGCAUUUCCCCGACUACAGGCCCAAGGACUCCUGUAUACCGGACCCGGGGUACAAGCCGCCGCCGCCGCCGGAGCCCGAGGACGCCUCGCCCCGAGCGACGGGCAAGAGGAGCGGCCUGCAACCAGCUCACGAUGGAGACAAGGCAUCGGCGUCUGCGAUUGAGGAGAAUGUGGCCGACUACAUGAGAGCCGGCCGCGCGGACGGCCUGCAGAGGACCGCGGCUGAGGCUGAUCAAAUCAAGCUGCAACCGAUCACCGUUCCUUGUGAAGCUACGGGCAGCUGCACCUAUACCCAAUUGGCUGAUCUACUGAAGCUGCCAGCGAUCACCGUGGUCCCUUGCGAGUCGCCAGGCUGCAUGUGCUCGCUUAAGAAAUAAAACAAACGUAUACCAAAUAUUAAUGUUCCCCUCACUAGCUCAGAAACACAUGUUUUCUCCUUUAAUACCAGGGGGCAAAAACGCAUUUUACCCACUAGUGGAUAAAGUAAUUUGACCUUGAAUAGAGGCAAAUUUUCUGCUUUAAAAUU